AUGAACCGGGCUAAAACCUACGAUCCAAACGUCGUCUGCAUUGCAGACUUGAAGAAGUAUGGUUCUGAAAAGCUUCUUCCCAUGGCCAGAGAUUUCUUCAACGGAUACGCCAUGGAAGGCAAGACGUACCGAGACAACAUCGAUUCCUACGAUACUUACAAAAUUUGUCCUCGUGUGAUGAUUGACAACAGCACCGUGGACACCACCACCGAGUGUUUUGGUGCAAAAGUGGCUUUUCCUCUUGGUUUCUCGCCUGCUUGUUGCCAUAGGUUAGCUCAUACGGACGGUGAAGCUGGAACUUCUCGUGCAGCUGCAAAGAAAGGCGUGAAUAUGAUCCUUUCUGGUUUUUCGACCACCCCUAUUCAGGAGGUCAUUGAAGCAGGCAACGGCAGCCUGAAUGCUUAUGCUCAGCAGUUGAACUUGAUGAAGGACGAAGAGGCAAACUUGGAGAUCAUCAGAAACGCAGAGAAGUGCGGUUACAAGGCCAUUUUCAUCACCGUAGACACCUCCUGGUUGGGCAGAAGACUCAAUGAGUUGAAAAACGGUUUCCACCUUCCUGACCAUCUUGGAUUUGCCAACUACCCUUGGAUCAACAGAGACAAGAUGGAAAACUGCACCGAUCAGAGAUCCGCUUUUGACACCACGCUUACCUGGGAGAAGGUGAAGUACUUCAAGUCCAAGACCUCCUUGCCUAUUUGGCUCAAGGGCAUUCUCACACCCGAAGACGCUGUUCUCGCUGUAGAGGCUGGUGCUGAUGGUAUUAUUGUUUCCAACCAUGGAGGAAGACAGAUGGACGGGACAUUGUCGACUUUGGAUGCUUUGCCUGAUAUUGUGGCAGCCGUGAAGGGCAGAAUUCCUGUUCACAUCGACGGUGGUAUCAGAAGAGGAAGUGACAUUUUCAAGGCAUUAGCGCUAGGUGCUGACCACUGCUGGGUUGGUCGUAUUCCACUUUGGGGUCUUGCUUAUAAGGGUGAAGCUGGUGUGAGUCUUGCACUUGACAUUCUCUACGACGAGUUCCAGACCACUAUGGCGCUUGCCGGUUGCACUAAGGUGGAGGAUAUUGGACCGCAGUAUUUGGCCAAGGUUGGUCUUGAUGGCUCUGUGAAGCGGUUGAAGGUGGCUGCAAAGUUUUGA